UCCCAACAUUUCACUUUUUCAUCUCCGCGUUCAACAAGCAGAAUCCCGACCAAUAGGCACAGCCCUCCCUGGUACCUGCACCCCCAUCCACAGCCAAUGGCAACACUGAACACUGUGCUCCUGGGGGCAGCUCUCUGCAUUGGGGCAGCCCUUUCCUUGCGUUGCUACCAAUGUCUGACCCCGGGAACCGACGGCAACUGCAACAAUACAAUCACCUGCAAAGCAACAGAAACUUUCUGUGAAACUAUUUCCAGUACUAAUUCUACCGGUCACGAGUCGGUCUAUAAAUCCUGCGCCGCUACCUACAGAGAGGGACAGGUUUUUAUCUCUUCCCUCAGAUCGCUGUCUAUUUCCUGCUGCAGGACAGACCUGUGUAACAGAGGCAGCGGGGCCCCUGGGGUGACGUGUAGUUCCGCACUGGUCUCUCUGUGCUUGGCUUUUACUUCUCUCUGCCAAAGGAAUGGAUGGCUGUGACGUGCUGGGGCCGCACCCGGGGCCCAUGGCUCUGACUGCGCUGCUGCCUUAAUGAUACAAUGAGAUCAAUGAAAGUGAAUGUAUUUAUAGGUGAGGGGCCACACAGGGGCCACACUAUCCUACUGAUUGUAUAGAAAUAGAAAAGUCGCCCACAUAAGGGACCCACUGCCGUCUCUCUCCUGCUGAUAAUAAACUACAUUUUGGGCAGAAUUUGUGUCAGAAGAACAUGGAACCAAUCAGUGAUUUUCCUUCUAUCUUGCCUGUUAGAUUUAACAUUACAAAGUGGCCAAUGAGCACGCAGGUACAGUAGCCUCCUUCUCAUUGGGCACUUACAGUCUUUUUAAAAAGAAUUAAAUCAUUUUUCAGUGUAGUCAUUG